GGCCGCCGGAGCGGCGAUCCGGAUCCGGCUUCGGCUUCCUGCUCGUCCUCGAACUUCGAGUCCACGUGCUGGCGGGACGCGCGGCAACGCCGCCCCGAGAUCAUUGAGUUCCCGGCCGUGCUGCUGAACGCCGCCACGGGGCGGAUCGAGGCCGAGUUCCACGCCUUCGUGCAGCCGCAGGAGCAGCCCGUGCUCUCCGAGUUCUGCACGGCGCUGACCGGCGUCACGCAGAAACAAGUUGACGAAGGAGUCCCUCUGCACAUCUGCUUGUCACAAUUCUUGAAGUGGCUUCAGGAGAUACAGAAGGAGAAGAAAUUUCUGUUCAUCUCAGAAACCCCAAGUAAUGCCAUUCCAGAGACAAAGCUGUGUGCUUUUGUUACCUGGACAGACUGGGACCUGGGCGUGUGCUUGCACUACGAAUGUAAGAGGAAGCAGUUACGGAAACCUGACAUCUUCAAUUCCUGGAUUGAUCUCAAAGCAACGUACAGGGCCUUCUAUAACAGAAAACCUAAAGGGCUGAGUGGUGCUUUGCAGGAUUUGGGGCUGGCUUUUGUAGGACGGGAACAUUCUGGGUUGGAUGAUUCUCGGAAUACUGCUCGUCUUGCUUGGAGGCUGAUUUGUGAUGGGUGUGUGCUGAAGAUUACUAAAUCUUUGGAUAAGCAGCUCAAGGACUGAUUUCUGUGAGGAAGUCCGAAGCUCUUCCACAGUAUCUCCUGACAGAUUUCCUCUUCUUGGACGCGCACAGCAAUCCCACAGUACUUUAUCACC